UUUGUAAAACUGUUAGCAUAAGCCAAACCAGUUAGUCAGCUGUGGCGGAGACGCCUCCGCUUCCCAACCACCCGCACCGAACCAUGGCGUCGGCGUCGGCGUCGCGGCUGCUCCUGCCUGCACCUCCUCCGGCGGCCCCGCCCCGCUGUCACCCCAGCAUCCGCUUCUCCGUCCCUCGCCUCCGGUGCCGCGCAUCCGCCGCCGCCGCCUCGGCCGCCGGCAGCGCCGCGCUUCUGGAGCGCAGCGGUGCCGCAGCGGUGGCCAUCAGGGAGUUCGUCACGCACGACGAGCUCCGCGCCGCCGUGCGCCUCCGCGUCCGCACCUUCUACGAGUACACCAUUGACUCCGUCGGAGCCGAGGAUCACAGAAAAGCUCUUGCAGAGAGGGAGUUUGAAGCAUUACAGGAUAGAAUUUCCGGGAAGAUGAUCAAUUUUCAAAGAGUUUCUUGUAUAAAUGGGACUGUACCACUGUCCCCAUCCUUGAUGUCAGCUGAGGAACUCUGUUCUACAUGCAAGUUUGUGGAAGAUGGAGAAGAGAGAGUAGUGGUUGGUAGUUUAGACCUCAAUCAGUGUCUUUGGCUACCAGAUGAAUUGACUGGAAAGAGGCCUGGGGUAAAUGAAGACAACCAGACAAGAGCAUAUCUUAGCAAUGUCUGUGUUGCCAAGGAGCUUCAAAAAAAGGGGUUAGGUUAUGCAUUGGUUGACAAGUCUAAGAAACUAGCUCAUGAAUGGGGCAUAACAGAUCUGUAUGUCCAUGUCGCCAUCAACAACGUAGCAGGACAAAAGCUGUACGAGAAGAGUGGAUUUGUUUAUGAAAGUGAAGAACCUGCAUGGAAGGCUAGGUUUCUGGGGCGGCCUCGAAGACUGCUUCUUUGGCUCGAUAUGAAGAAAGAGUCGUUGUGAUCUUGCAUGUAAAUACAUAUUUGUAAUCAUAUUCUCGUAAUAGUAUUAUUUGAUAUAUUUUACCACCCAAUCCCAAUAGCUCCAAAUGUUUGUAUUCUGGAUCAUCCGUCAUUUCCCACUAAUUUUUACUUGUUCAUAACUUCCAAACUUGUAUUCAGAAUACAACUCUGAAGAAAAUGACAAGGUUCGACGAUUUCCAUA